GUGCUGAAGACUGUAGUAUUUGAUAUCAUAUUACAAUUUAUUUGUGGUUUAUCUUAAAUCCAAAGUUGCCAUAUUUAUUUAGUUGGACUUUUUGGUGUAUUUUUAUUGCAUCUGGCAACCCUAUCAGACUGUUAACUACUAGCUGCGAGGCCGAUGAUGACAAAAGGCCACCCCGACCUUGCCUUUCAAUAGCCUCCACACUCAAAUAUCUCUCCAACAGUAAGCAGGGAAGAGCAUCGAUUUCCAGAAAAGAGACGCUGUAACUAGGCAACCGAAAUGUGAACUCGCCAUACCUUCCGUAACGUCCAAGAGACCUGCGCAAGGGCGCGCUGACGUUAACAUCCCGCGCUGAAGGGUGGGACGAACGAAUGUCGUUAGUGCACGUGAUCCCAGUGGCUUAUUGUGAUUGGCUGUCUUGGGGGCGCGGCGCUCGGGCGCGGAUGUCCCGGAUUGGUGCUUCGAGGCGGCCGGGUGGGACUCCGGCAGCAGCCGCGGGAGGUCCGGACACCGGCGGCCAUGGGACUUGGCGGUGAUAGAGGACGUAUAUCCUAACAGGGUUGCUCUAAGAACUGAUGCCUAAUCCUUCUCAGCAUGGCCUGUCGAGGAAGAGGUGGGCUGGAGCAGCCUGCCUCAGCUGUGCUCUCCCCUGGUAGCUCUGCAAGUGUUCCCACUUCUCAAACCUGUACUCAUUGUAUAUGCAUGGUGUCUGACUUUUUCUACCCAAAUAUGGGAGGUGUGGAAAGCCACAUUUACCAGCUCUCUCAGUGCCUGAUUGAAAGAGGGCACAAGGUCAUAGUUGUUACCCACGCUUAUGAAACUCGGAAAGGUGUCCGUUACCUCACUAAUGGCCUCAAAGUCUAUUACUUGCCGCUGAAAGUCAUGUACAACCAGUCUACAGCCACAACCCUCUUUCACAGUCUGCCACUGCUCAGGUACAUAUUUGUUCGGGAGAGAGUCACGAUCAUCCAUUCACAUAGUUCUUUUUCUGCCAUGGCUCAUGAUGCUCUCUUCCACGCCAAGACAAUGGGGCUCCAGACAGUCUUCACGGACCAUUCCCUUUUCGGAUUUGCUGAUGUCAGCUCGGUGCUUACAAACAAGCUUCUAACUGUGUCUCUUUGUGACACAAACCACAUCAUUUGUGUCUCCUUUACUAGUAAGGAAAAUACUGUGCUAAGAGCAGCACUGAAUCCUGAAAUAGUAUCCGUCAUUCCCAAUGCAGUAGAUCCUACUGACUUCACUCCAGACCCAUUAAAAAGGCAUGAUAGUGUAAUAACUGUUAUUGUUGUCAGCAGAUUGGUUUACAGAAAAGGGACGGAUUUGCUUAGUGGCAUAAUACCCGAACUCUGUCAGAAAUAUCCCGAUUUGCAUUUCAUGAUCGGAGGAGAGGGGCCGAAGAGAAUUAUUUUGGAGGAAGUAAGGGAAAGAUACCAGCUACAUGACAGGGUGCAUCUUUUGGGAGCUUUAGAACACAAGGACGUUAGAAACGUCUUAGUGCAAGGACAUAUUUUUCUGAAUACCUCUCUCACGGAAGCCUUCUGCAUGGCGAUUGUGGAAGCGGCCAGUUGCGGUUUACAGGUUGUGAGUACCAGGGUCGGUGGAAUCCCUGAGGUCCUUCCCGAAGAUCUCAUUAUUUUAUGUGAGCCUUCAGUAAAAUCUUUGUGUGAUGGAUUAGAAAAAGCUAUUCUCCAACUCAAGUCAGGGUUACUGCGAGCUCCAGAAGAGAUCCACAACCUAGUGAAGACGUUCUACACCUGGAGGGAUGUUGCAGAGAGAACUGAAAGGGUGUAUGACCGGGUGGCUGGGGAAGCUGUGUUGCCAAUCGACAAACGCCUGGACAGGCUCAUCUCUUGCUGCGGCCCAGUAACAGGGUACAUUUUUGCCUUAUUGGCUGUGUUCAGCCUUCUCUUCCUCAUUCUCCUGAGAUGGAUAACUCCAGAUUCCAUCAUUGAUGUUGCAGUAGAUGCCACGGGGCCAAAGAGCUCAUGGACUCUGCAGCAUCCUCGCAGAGCAAAACUGGAUGAGGAUGAUGGCAAGUCUGAAGCCAGGUAGAAGAGAACCUGCGCUGUAAAGAUCUGAAAAGUUUUGUAACAGUUCAAAGAAGAUUAUAUUGAAAAUGACCUUGCAUUUUUGGGUUUUUUUUAAAGUUAAGUUAGUAAGUUAUGCUACCUCUGUAUCAUUCAAUGUUUUAUUUUGAAGAAAGACGGAAACUUAUGCAAUUCCUGAGUGUACAAACUCCUUGCACUUACUUACAAUUUAGGAGAGAAGAUUUAAGCCACUCAGGUAUGAAAUUUUUCAGAUUACUGAAAUCCUUCUAGCAGAAAUGUUUUAACAUUAUAUUUUGAGAGCUUCGGGUGCUGAAGGGCCAAAUGUUUUCUGGGCACUUUUUGGCCAGUUUUUAAUGUCAGACCAUUAAUUCAACACUCACCAAAUGUUUACAAGUUUUCUUUUGGAAAAUACAACAGCUACAUGAACUAUUUUAAAUCAUAUUCACAGAUAUUUGUUAUUGACUUUUUAAGUCAUGCUCUUGCACAUUUGUGGGUCUACUCAGUGUUGCGUGCAAGUAAAUAGCAGGGUUCUUAAGUAACAUGGUCUCUUAGCUACCAGCAUGUUCUGAGCACCUGCUAUGUGUAGCGUGUCAAACUAGGUACUUCCGCCAUGAAGGACCAGGGGUACAUCUGUUCUUUAUCAUUCAAAUGGCUUCCUUCAUUGUGUCACAGUUGACACAAUAUGAUAAAAUACUCAACAUGCCAAAAAGGCUCAUGCUGAUUUAAUGCCAAGGAAAAAAAAAAAAAAACCCGCCAGCAUACUCCAAGUACUUUAUCCUGCUGUGUUCUCCUAGUGGGAUCUUCAUCGUCCUGUUACUGUGUGAGGAUCCUUUUUGCUUUUUAAAUACUAGGGACCGAUAUCACUGUUGAUAGUACAGAGAGACUUCCACAGUUUUCAGUGCAUAAUUUAGUCCUCUGUGAAUGCCUUCGUGUUUCCUGACUAGAAUGUAUGAAGUGUGCCAUCUCUAAACUAGCUGCUACUUUGUCCUUUUGAUAUGUCACUACCCCUCACUGAUAUCUAGUAAGUAUUGUCAGUGUGCAAAACGCUUUACUCCCCACUGUGGUAUUUGUAGCAAACUGACUCUGAAAAUGUCAGGAACACGGUCCCUCUUUGGGUGCUGGUGUUAUCUGGUUCUUUCCCAGAGCCGUGGGGUUCUAACCCCAAUUAUCCAUACAGUGUGUAUUAGUAGUUCUUCCGACUCUGAGUCUGCGUGAAAGUGACUGUGAACGCUGCAAGGCGCUGGGAUGCACUGGAGCAAUUCUGUCAGUAUUGACUCUACAGGAUUUUCUAAAGAGACAUCACUCAAAGCUUCUUUUGAAAAAGCAUCAAUAUGCCUAUUAGCUGGUUGCCACUGUUACCAAAAAAAAGUGUUUUGUUUGUAUUAAAACACAAAUACAAGAGUGUAACUUUUUAAAUCUAGAAGUUAGGGUUUCUUUUGCUGGAGAAAAAUGAGCUGAUGACAGCAUCCAGUCUUACUGGGAUUUGUGUACGUAAAAAGCGUUCUGUGGGGUGAGGUAGAUGAAAGCCAGUAUUCAUGGCAAAAGGGACAAACAUUUGGUUUUGUUUAUUCUACCCGGCAAUUUUUAAAGGUACCCCACUUUUUUUGUACUUUUUCUUCUUAAAAUUUCCAGAAUUGUCAUUUAAUUCUUAAAUUCUCCUUUAUUGAAGAUGGAAAUAGAAUUUGGAGUUAAUUACUUUGCAUGUAAAAUAGAAAAUUUACAAGUUAAAUUGUUUUUCUUAUUUUAAAAAUAAAUAUAGGUAAAUUUAUAUCAUACUUAAAUUUUCGUUUUCAGCUUUCCUGGAUACCUAACUUGUAACUGACAGUAUUACACUGAUCAGUAUGUGAAACAUGUUGUUCUACCCUGCUAUUUAACAUUUAUUUAAAAGUAAGCAAUGAUAAGGAAUUUAUGAAAAAUAAUAGUGUAUUUCUUUUGGUGUUAGAAAAAGUUACACAUGUAAAACUGAUUUGUUAAACAUACUACAUGUCUAAAAAUAAAGAACUGAAUGGCAUUUUCA